UCCUCCUUUCCUCUCACAGUGUCCUGUGACUGACAAAGGACAGAGGACAACAUGUCUGCAGUUACGGGCACCUUCCGCAUCGUCUCGGAGGAGGAGCAGGCCCUGCGCACCAAGCUGGAGCGCCUCACCACCAAGGACCACGGCCCUGUCUUUGGCAGGUGUGAGAAGAUCCCCCCGCACACCCUGCAGAAGGCAAAGGAUGAACUGAACGAGACAGAGGAGCAGCGGGAGGUGGCGGUGAAGGCGCUGCGGGACCUGGUGCAGGAGCGGGCGGGUGGCGAGGAGGUGUGCAAGGCGGUGGCUGAGAAGGUGCAGGGGAAGGACGACUCCUUUUUCCUCCGCUUCAUCCGUGCCCGCAAAUUCGACGUCCACAGGGCCUACGACCUGCUGAAAGGCUACGUGACCUUCCGCCAGCAGUACCCCGAGCUCUUCGACAACCUGACCCCCGAGGCCGUGCGCAGCACCAUCGAAGCCGGCUACCCUGGCAUCCUGGCCAGCAGAGACAAGUACGGCCGGGUGGUGAUGCUCUUCAACAUCGAGAACUGGGAUUACGAGGAGAUCACCUUUGACGAGAUCCUUCGUGCCUAUUGCGUUAUCUUGGAAAAGCUGCUGGAAAACGAAGAGACCCAGAUCAACGGGUUCUGCAUCAUUGAGAACUUCAAGGGCUUCACCAUGCAGCAGGCCUCAGGGAUCAAACCCUCUGAGCUGAAGAAGAUGGUGGAUAUGCUGCAGGACUCCUUCCCAGCCCGGUUCAAGGCCGUCCACUUCAUCCACCAGCCUUGGUACUUCACGACCACCUAUAACGUGGUCAAACCAUUCCUGAAGAGCAAACUGCUGGAGAGGGUCUUUGUGCACGGGGAGGAGCUGGAGUCCUUCUACCAGGAGAUCGACGCUGACAUCUUGCCAGCAGACUUUGGUGGCAACCUGCCCAAGUACGAUGGCAAAGCCACUGCAGAGAAGCUCUUUGGGCCCCGCAUUGAGGCUGAAGACACGGCUCUUUAAACCAGGGUCUGCUCCCUGUCCUCUGUAAAAUAGGAUCAGAGGUGACCCUCUAACCCCAGCCGCCUCCUUAUACUGUAGUUGUGGUUGAGUGACUACUCGUGAUGAAGCGCUCUGGGUGCGUUGCUCCAUGCCUGUCCCUCCCCUCCCCAAACCUGGCAGCGGGCUGCCUGGC